CCCGGAAGGCGGAAGCGGGGCCGGCUACCGGGGCCGGUUGGGGCAUGGCGGGGUCCGGCUGGGCCCCGCCGCGCCUGGACGAGUUCAUCCUCACGGAGCGGCUCGGGGCCGGCAAGUACGCCACCGUCUACAAGGCCUAUAGGAAGAGGAACACGCGAGAGGUGGUGGCCAUCAAGUGCGUGAGCAAGAGGAGCCUCAACCGGGCCUCGGUGGAGAACCUGCUGACGGAGAUCGAGAUCCUGAAGACCAUCCGGCACCCGCACAUCGUGGAGCUCAAGGACUUCCAGUGGGACAGCGACCACAUCUACCUGAUCAUGGAGUUCUGCGCGGGCGGGGACCUCUCCCGCUUCAUCCGGAUGCGCAGGAUCCUCCCGGAGAAGGUGGCGCGCGUCUUCCUGCAGCAGCUGGCCUGCGCCCUUAAGUUCCUGCACGAACACAACAUCUCCCACCUGGACCUGAAGCCGCAGAACAUCCUCCUGAGCGCCCCGGAGCACCCGCAGCUGAAGCUGGCAGACUUUGGGUUUGCCCAGUACAUGUCCCCAUGGGACGAGAAGCACAUCCUGCGCGGCUCCCCGCUCUACAUGGCCCCCGAGAUGGUGUGCCAGCAGCAGUACGAUGCCCGGGUGGACCUGUGGUCGGUGGGGGUCAUCCUUUAUGAAGCGCUCUUUGGGAAGCCGCCCUUUGCCUCCCGCUCUUUCGCUGAGCUGGAGGAGAAGAUCCGCAGCGAUCAGGCUGUGGAGCUGCCCAGCCGGCCCCUGCUCUCCCCAGAAUGCCGGGAUCUCUUGGGACAGCUCUUGGAAAGGGACCCUUUGAAGCGCAUCUCCUUUGAGCGCUUCUUUGCACACCCCUUUGUGGAUAUGGAGCAUGUCCCUGGCCCUGAGAGCCUCUGCAAGGCGACCGACCUGGUGGUGGAAGCAGUGAAGAAGGAUCAGGAGGGAGAUGCCUCUGCUGCCCUGUCCCUCUACUGCAAAGCCCUAGAGUACUUUGUGCCUGCUCUGCACUAUGAAAGCGAUGCUCGCCGGAAGGAAGCUAUCCGAGCCAAGGUGGGGCAGUACAUCUCCCGAGCAGAGGAGCUGAAGGCAUUGGUCACCUCCAGCAGUAAGAACCUCCUGCAGAGAGGGAACCCGGCCAGAGAGCUCCUUAAAGAGAUGGCCAAGGACAAGCCCCGGCUCUGCGCUGCACUGGACAUGGCUUCUGCUGCUAUUGCUAAGGAGGAGGAGGGCAAGGACGAUGCUGACACCCUGGAGCUGUACCAGCAGAGCCUGGGGGAGCUGCUGCUGCUGCUGGCUGCGGAGCCUGCAGGGAGGCGCCGGGAGCUGCUGCACGCAGAGAUCCAGACCCUGAUGUGUCGAGCUGAGUACCUGAAGGAGCAGAUGAAGAUGCGGGAGGCACAGUCCAUGGGCAAGGAGGCGCUGGCAGAGCCUGUGCGGAGCAGUGAGUGUCCAUCUCCAUCCCAUCGGAGGCUGCGAUCCUGUAGUGGGGAAUACCCCUACAUAGGGAUAUUCCUGCCCAUGGGUGAUCCCGACCCUGCACACCUUCAUCCGUGCAUGGGAGCUGGGGGACAGCAUCUUGUGCAGCCCAAUGAGUGUCCCCUGUCCCCCGGCACAGCCUGUACCUUGCAAUGAUGCCUGGAGCCGGCUGUCAGGAUGCUGCUCACCCAGGGAGGAUGGAGGGGGAAAUGAGGCUUUCAUCCUGCCUGCACUGGGGUAACCGCCUUGGGGGGCUCCCCUGCCCAGGUGGGUCCACAGGGCCAUCUGCCUCCUUCCCAACAGGCGGGAUCCCCUUCAGCCCUGGCACGCCGUUAUUCCACCCUAAUUCCCUCCACUGGCUGCCACGGGUGGGUGUUGUUAUCCUGGCACCGGCUCCGGCAGGAUAACCCCACAUCCUGCCCAUGUGGCUCCUGCCUCUUCUUCCACCUCCCACAUCUUCGGGGAGCCCUGAGCACCGCACAGCCCUGCUGGUGGGGCAGGCAGCAAGGCUCGGCGCGCUGUGCCUUUCUCACCCAGCAACUACCUCUUUGCGCCCAUCACCGCGCCUCUGGCCUCCAUGGCCCGGCCAUGAAGGGUCAGUACUCAGCGGGCAGGGUGAGAGCUCUCAGGGCUCUCACAACCCCAGCAGCCCACUUACAUCCCCAGACCACCCCCAAGCCCUGCAGGGUCACUUCUCUGGGUGCUGAGCUCGCCUGUCCUGCAGAGCAGGGGCUCUCCUCCCUAUCUGCUGUACUACACAGGGAAUGUAAUUUAUUGUCUUGAAUAAACACUUGU